UGUCAACUGUCAAGCAGUUGUUCAACGUGAGGUUACUGCCAACAAUUAAUAAUUUCAUCAUUUCAUGAAUCCUAGUUAUUAAAUCCCUAAAAGUCUUUUAAAUACCCUAACAAAAAUGCCGUUGUCGUGUAGGUUUUAUCAGGAGAAAUACCCUGAAGUGGAAGAUGUAGUGAUGGUAAACGUGAGGUCCAUCGCCGAGAUGGGUGCCUACGUGCACCUGUUGGAGUACAACAAUAUCGAGGGCAUGAUUCUUUUAUCAGAAUUGUCAAGAAGGCGUAUUAGAUCCAUCAACAAACUCAUCAGGGUUGGUAAAACUGAGCCCGUCGUAGUCAUAAGAGUGGACAAAGAAAAAGGUUACAUUGAUUUGUCAAAACGUCGUGUCUCGGCUGAGGAUAUAGACAAGUGUACAGAGAGGUAUGCUAAGGCAAAAGCAGUCAACUCCAUCCUUAGACAUGUAGCAGAGCUCCUACACUACGAGAGCUCUGACCAGCUGGAGGAGCUAUAUAAGAGAACCGCCUGGCAUUUUGAGGAAAAGUAUAAAAAGAAAGCUUCCGCAUAUGAUUUCUUCAAACAAGCUGCAGUUGACCCAUCAGUCCUCAAUGAAUGCGGUCUCGAUGAGAAGACCAAGGAGGUGCUUCUAGCUAACAUCAAGAGGAAGCUCACAUCCCAGGCUGUCAAGAUUCGUGCUGACAUUGAGUGUGCGUGCUACGGCUACGAGGGAAUUGAUGCUGUGAAGGCAGCUCUCAAGGCUGGACUGUCUCUCUCCACCCCGGAUAUGCCAAUCAAGAUCAAUCUUAUUGCACCACCUUUGUACGUAAUGAGCACAUCUACUCCUGAGAAAACAGAUGGUCUUAAAGCUUUACAAGAUGCAAUUGACAAAAUUCAAGACACAAUCACUGCAGCAGGAGGAGUUUUCAACGUACAAAUGGCGCCUAAAGUUGUUACUGCAACUGAUGAGGCUGAAUUAGCCAGACAAAUGGAGAGAGCUGAGGCUGAAAAUGCUGAGGUUGCCGGAGACUCUGCUGAGGAAGAGGAGGACCAUGGUAUGGGUGACGCUGGUAUGGACGCUGAUGAACCUCAACAAAAUGGUGCUUCCGAUGAAGAGGAAGAUUGAAUUAAGUAAUGUCUAAUUCAUGUAUUACACCUUCACUUCUGAAUAUACAUUAUACUAUUUUACACAAA